AUGGAUGAGGCGGCUGACCUUCACCGAAUCCGUGUCCGGCGUCUACGAGACGGCCAAGAGGGUUGGGUGACCGUUCGAGGCAAUGCCGGGACGGUCUACCUGCAACUGGGCGGCGACCGCCUCAGCGUUGCAAAGGAGACUGCCUUGACCGAAUCCGUUUCCAUUGGCGGACAGGAUGCCCUUCGACAGCUGCGUUGCGGUGAGAUCCUGGACAUCAUGGGAGAGGAGACGGUGGACGAGACUUCGGGACUUCUACGAGCCCGCGUGCGCGCGCAGAGUGACGGGAAGGUUG